AUGCCUUUCCUGCUCGCUUUCUGAUGACAUAAUGAGUUCGAGUCCUUGACUCCUCAGUUCAACUCCUUGUCCUUGAAAAAGUUGAAUGGCUUGAUCUCCUCAACGACAUACAUGUACAAUGUCUAAUGGCUAUAAAGUAUAAACGAUUAUUGCGAGGCGUUGUGCGUAGGUCUACUCAUUUCCUUGUGGGUCUGAUGUCAACCUCUAGCGAUAGUCAGCUUGAAGUAAUUUUCGUUACCCACCUAAUCGCUUUGUGCGAUUCUGCAUACUAUUACUAGUACAAUUAUUACUGUUUAGCGAAAGUGCAGCAGCAUAAUGAAUGGCGUUGUUUUCGUGCCGGCUCAUCCUAGCGAGCAUCGUGAACAUUGCUGCAAUCUCAUCGUCUCUGCGCUGCUGCUGCCAUUGGAAAUCAUGACCAUCAACGUGGGUUGAUAGAGUUUACUGGAGGAGGCGAGCUCAUCGCCAGUAUAGCAAUCUUCAUUCUACCAGAGAACAACGACAGUCGUAUUUCUCAAGCUAACGAACUCUGGCUGUGGCGUUUGUGGACGAGCUCCGUUACGUAGCGAGCGCAACGAUCGAUGGUAUUCUUCCUCGAAUCGACAGCACGAGAGCGGAGAGGUCGACUGCACGCGUAUGGCCUGAUUGGAGCAGAAGCACUUGAAGCAGCUGAAAUCCAACCUGCGCGUGUGCGACGCCAGUUCCUACUCAUCUGUCUGUAAUCUGACAGCUUUUGGUAUCGCCAGCACGCAGUUCUAGCAGUCGACGUGGGGAGAGUUUGUCAUCUGCCACGUUCCUGCAGCAGAACCAUACGAAAUAAGCCAAGGAGCAGUGGAGACCAACAAGCAUCACCAUGAAGCGCAUGGCACAGAAAAUGUCGCGCAAGAGUGACAAGAAGGAGAAGAAGAGAAAGCCCUCGUCGUCGUCGCUGUCCUCCGCGAGCCCAUUCUCGUUGCCCAACUAUGCUUGGCAAGGCGAGCAAACAUCCAUUCUGGACGGCGCUUACGCGAAGCACCUGCCAACGAGUGGUGGCAGUUCUGCUGCCGGUGAGGACAAGUCGUCAUCGUCACGUGAACGUCGCUAUGGUCGGCAGAGAGCCCUGCCGUCAGCGGACAACAUGCUGAUGGGCGACCUUGUGAGUACUAGUAGCAGUAAUGCUGCCGCGGAGCAAAGUGCCAGCGCCAAGGCGACGCCGCUUGCAGCCAAGAAGAACGACGGCGUACAGCAGCAACCUAUGCAGCCAGUGCAGAAGCCGGACACAGUGGAGACCAGUGUACCGGCACCUCGGCACGACGUGCACAUCGCUUCGACCGCUGCCUCUGGCACUGUUGCCGCCGCUACUGGUCUUGUCGAGCCUUGUUCACGACCCACCGAUGUCUCUGCAGGCAAAGUCGCCUCCCUGGACUAUGACGAUUGUACUCCCACAGUAUCGGCCAGUGAUGACCGUACUCCCACAGUUGCAACCAGCCAUUCCAGUGAUCGGCUUCCUUGCAUUAGUGUGACUGAUAUGCCUCGCCAGCAACUUGCACCGGUAGUUGUGCCUGCAGCCAUCGAACAGCCUAACUAUCAGACCGUGGAGAAAGGUGCUCGGCGCGGUUCAGGCUCCACCAGCGGUUCUGUCAGUGGUCGUCGCGGUUCUAGCUCCACCAGCGCUUCUGUCAGUAGGCCCUGCUCGGUUCAGAGCCUGCCCGAUCCGGACUCUAGCUUGGCAACGGCGGACGAUGGCAGUGAGACAGGCAGCAUAUUAUCAGCCAGCACGGGCCGCAGCCAGGACAUGGAGGUUGUGCACAGACUGUUGGAGAGAGUGUCGCAGCUAGAGCGGCGGAAUCAGCAGCUUGCCUUCGAAGUUGAUCAGCUAAACACUGACAAGAAGCUGGCCGAGGGCGUGUCGGCCAUUGCUGACAAAGCGCUUCUUCAGUGGAAGACGUUGGAAGCCGAGACGAAAGAAGAAAUCUCGGCGUUGAAGGAGAGAGUCUCAGUUAGCGAUCUGCAUGUCAGCUCACUGGAGAAGCGGAAUGCUGACCUGACGGAACAGCUGACGAAAUCUAUCAACGGCAAUGCAUCGCUGAAGCAACGCCUGCAGGCUCUGGGCGAGACGGUUUCACGCUCUUCCUCGCCAGCAUGGAACAAUUCCCAAUCCAGCAGUCCAGCAUUACAGGUCACUAGUAGCAAUGGUGAAUGCGCUGUGGUAAGUCGGGUCGCAGCUGAGUUGGACGCUAAGUCAAAGGAGAUAGCACAGCUGCAGGAGCAGCAUUCUGAAUUGCAACAAGUACUUGACAAGCAGCGCGAAGAGGACGGUGCACGGAUUGCACAACUGGAGGAGGAGGUAAAGGACACGCAGACGGAGCGACUGCUUGCUGAACGCAUGUACCAACGGCAACAGCAGCAAAACGAACAGCUGGUACGGGAGAAAGCCGCCCUUGUGACGGAGAGGGCAUCACGCCAAUCGUCCACAGCAUCGCCAAAUAUCAAUGCAAGAAAUACAGCUCAAGUAAAACAACUUGAGUCAUUAGUUCAGUUUGUUGGCUCGCAAUUGCCAUCAAAGUCUGCUAAUGCUCGUCAAUCAACACCUUCUGAUUCGCCUGACCUCACUGCCAUUCGUCAGCAAGUCGUGUUCGCGAAGCAACGUCUAUUGAGUGCUGACAAGGCUGCCCAGUCUCUGGCCACAAGCGAGCAGCGGCUGGAUACGGUGCGUUCGGAGCUGAAGGAAAGUCAACGUGCCAAGGACCAGUCUGACUUGCUACUGCAGACAGAACGGGCGAAAUUUGAGACCUCGCUGGCAUCGAAGUCUGAAGAAUUGCUUGAAGUAGAAUCUAGAUUAGCCGACUUGCAGGCUGACAAGGAGAAGGCUGAAAGCCAAGUAUUGAAGUUCGAAGCACAGCAAGGCUGUUUGCCAGACAGCCAGCAGGUACAAGAGACCAAGCAGCAGUUGCUGACCUUGCGUCAGGACAGAGCACAGCUCAGAGUUGAGCUCAGGCAUUUGCAGAAACAGGAGAAAGGCCAGAAGGCCACCAUAACCGAGCUGAACGCCAACAAGGAAGAGCUCUCCAUGCUGUUGUCAGCCGCCAAAGAGGACCUGCAGGCAGUCAAAACUGCUCACGACGAGAAACUGCAGCUGCUGACUGAAAGCAAAUCAGAGGAGAUUAGUCUGCUAUCGAAUGCUCUUCAGAAUGAACUGGUAGCAUUGAGAGAGGAGAACACACAGCUAAACCAGGAACUUGCUGCCUUGAAGGCCAGUGAGCACGCUGCACAGCUGGAACUUAGCCGUCUGUUUGCCGACCACGAUGCCCUUAAAGCAUCCGGUCAGAGAGCGGCGACGGAAUUGAGUGCAGCUCAAUGCGAGAUUGCUGAUCUGCGCUCCAAGACGGCGUCCCUGAACGAGCAAGUACAGCUUGUGAAUCUGCACAACGCCUCGCUGAAAGAGGAGCUGGACAGUGCCACGGCUACCUAUCAGACUAGCAGUAUCGAUGAGAUUCUGCAGGCAGAGAGAGAUAAGCUGCAAGAGACACUGCACUCGGUGAAGGAGCAGCUCAGUGACCGUGGUACCAUGGUGCGAGAGCUCAAACAGCAGAACGAACAGCUCUACGACAAGUAUCAACAGGAGAUGAAGCGAGCCCGGGAACUGAGCGAUGCCGUCGACUCUGCACGUAAACAGCUCAGCCACAAAGAGGUGGAGCUGCAGCACUCUCAGGACGAGCUCAGGGACAUCAAUGCAGCCAUUGAUGAGAUGGAGCAACUGCCGCGUGCCAAUCGGGCCCUGCAAGAGGAGAUCCAGGCUCUGAGAAGUGAAAAUAAGGUACUGAAAACCAGCCGCUUCAAUGAGGAAGGAUCACGGCCACUCGAGGGCAAAGAGCUGGACCAAGCCUGCCGCCAGAUGGAAUGGCGACUCAUGCAACUGGAGCCCAAGCAGGAACAGUGGAGACACGACCGCGAGGAACUGGACCAGCUGCGACGUGUGAAGCAGCGACAAGAACUCCAGCUCGGUGAGGCCACCGAAGAAGUAUCCAUGCUGCGGCUGCAUAAUCAGCAGAUCCGUCUACUGCAGGAGCAGUUCACGUCGAAGAGCAAUGAAGUCAGCUACCAAGAGGAGGAGAAUCGUCAGCUGCAGAGAGAGCUGCGGGAAGUGGAGCUCGAGGUGGCUGUCUGGAAAGAGAAGGCGAACCGCUCCAUGCAGGAACGCGCCAUGUUGAUCGACCAGCAGCGCGAGCACACCCGUAUUCAGCAGCACACCAGUGGUGCGGACAGUCACUAUCGACACGUUCAAACACUACAGGAGAGGAUUCUAACGCUGGAGGAGCAGAAGUCCAACCUGGCCUCGCGCGCCAUGGACGGUGCACAGCGGCAGCAGCGACUGAGUUCGCAAGUGCAAAGUUUGGAGGCCGUCAAGCUAACUAACACGGUUCUAGAGGACAAGGUCAUUGAGCUCAAGCGUGCUCUGGACGAAGCACAACAGCUGAACAAAACUCUUGGCAACGGCUCUCACGCAACGACUGACCUAUCUCGGCACACAGUGGGAUUAAAUGGCCACGGUGGCGUGCCUGCUCGACGAAACGGCAACGUCAACGGUGGCAGUCCUGUGAUUGUUCGGAGCAGUGAUACUGAUGACGAGGAGGACUGCAGUGAACCCAUUCCGUCCGGGUAUGAGCUGAUGAACGACUUUACCAGCACUGAUAGUUUGGACAGUGAGGCGGUGGUGUGUUGCAGAGAGCACACAGCAGGCAAUCUGUCGGAAGCGGCAGAGGAGACAGUUCGCAAAUACUGGUUCAAGGUGACCGAUCAAACCGGAGACAUCAACACAACAGAAUUGGGACAGCUGCUCUACAUGUUGGCUGUGACCAGUGAGGAUCUGCUACGGCGUGUUGUCAACUAUGUUGCAAAUAAUGGCAACACGGCACUGCACUAUCUGAUCCUGCGUGGCCAGCUGCUUGCUGCUUGGCUGCUCCUACAGACGGGACAGUGUAAAGUGGAUACUCGUAACAAGUUUGGCUAUACACCUUGCAUGAUGUUGUGCGGAGCACCACCGGGGGAGGUCGGCAGCAAUCAGUUUGUCGUUAAGAAGCUGUUUGAGCUGGCCGAUAUCAACCUUCAAGCUGCGCAGGAUGGUCAGACUGCGCUGAUGAUGGCCGUGCACCGCUCCAAUCGUGUCAUGGUGGAGCUGCUGCUGAACACUGGACAGUGUCAAGUGAACUUGCAAGAUAUGGACGGGUCAACAGCGCUGAUGUUUGCCAGUGAGUCUGGCGAGGAGGACAUUGUGCGGCUGAUCCUGGCACGAGAAGACUGCGAUGUGAACAUCAAGGAUCAUGACGAGAAUACGGCACUUCAGAUAGCCCUGGAGAAAACACGUCGUGGCGUGUCCGUUCUUCUCUACGCAGCUCUUGUCUACGGCAAGCACAAGAACGAUGUCCAGUCUGCCUGAGUUUACGCACGUCCACAUCCCGCAAAUAAAGUGUAAAUAUCCAUACAUAGCCAUACCAUAGUCAUACAUAGUCAUACAGUCAUAGUCAUACCGGUAUACUCGUGAUAGUGAGACCUACUCACGCGUACUCACACAUCACACAUCAGUAGUCAUCAAUCCGUGGAUCACACGUAGCACAUACUUGUACAUACUCAUACAAAGUCAUACAUAGCCGUACAUAGCCAUACCAGUAUAUAAUCAUACAUACUCACGAUGGUGAGACAUGCUCGCAGUGACACAUAUCCAUACACACAUUGGCUCAGGAUCCGAGUUCCUACAUGUUCAUACUGGCCUAUCAUGAAGGGAUGAUCGCGAAAUGUAAAUAGUCACUAAAUAUUCGUACAUAUCACGUUGAGGACGAGGUGUCAGGUUCGUCGCUGACCACAUGCUUCGGGAAGAGCGCCAUGGACGUUUGAUGUGAGCUAUUCCCGUCUGAGACUAUUGCAGAGUGUGACUUGAUCUACCUUGUGCCGACGGUCUGUUGCAGUGUGGUGUGAGCCCAUUUUUUCCAGUUUCUUUUCGAUUUCCCCGGCUUUCUGGUCUCUUGGUGGCACUCACGGUGUUUAUGUAAGAUUGUUGCAUUGUUCUUGACCGCAGCAGCACGUCCUGGUUCACUUGCUGGCGUGCACUCUAUUGUGCUUUGCAGUGCAUUGUGCAAUUUUAAUUUCUUCUGGUGUUAGCAGCUGGCUGCUAUAUCUCUUCUAUCUGUUCUAUCUGCUCUCUACGUGUAAAUUUUGUGAAUUCUAUAAUUACGGUGCACCUGAUUUUGGCCGGGGGAACCAUUUUAAUUAAAAGCUAUCCCAAUCUUCCUAUCAGUACUGAUUUCUAUCAUCAUUGCUUCAGACCCGUGAUCAGUCUGUGAUGCUGUCCACCCCGAUGUGAGCUAAUUUGAUUAUUACACUGGUUCUUAUGAAUUAUUUUAUAAGUAAAGACUUUGCUCCUUCCACUGCUCACGCAGUGCUCAA